AUGUGCCACUUCAGACGGUAUGCCGCUGCUUGGAAGGCCUUUCCUCGUGUUAAUUGUCAUUCUUUCGUCAGAGUAAAGAAUCUUUUUCUGUACUGCGGCCAUUCUCAAGAAUUGCCUGAGCAGCUUGUUCGUAUUUCGUCGACCAGAAUGCCAAGGGCAGCACUGACAGGAAUGCAGAUCGAAUGCGAGAGUACUACCUGCAAGUUCAGCCGGAACCACCCAAAUAACUGUCGCCCACCCACCUGCAAAAACACUUGCUGGCAGUAUCGGCAAUUCCCCGAACAGUAU